CCCGGCUAUCCGCCGGCCGGUGGCGGUGGUGGUGGCUACCCGCCAGCACCCUAUCCACCCCCGGGCACGCAAACCAACUACUACUAAGUUCGUUAGUUGAUAAGAUGGUGAAGGCGGUGGUAAUACUGCGUGAAGCUGCAUCGAUUAGUUUUUGUUUUGCAAUAUCGCUAAAGCACACUGACCACGAAGGGUUAGAAAGGAUAGAGAUGGAUGGAGGCUGUGUUUGUUGAAUGUUCAUUCAAAUACGAUUUUUACGACGUCCGUUCCGUUAUUUCAUGACGUGUUUGGGCGGAGGAGCAUAUUUAGACAGUGAGUAAUAGCACAAUGGCAGGGCAAACGCAAAUGAAUCACUGAGGUCGAGUGUCUGCUGUAAUGAGAUGCACUAUUUAUAUGCAGCAAGCGCAAGUAAGAGUUCCGUUUGAGUGUGGUAGGACGGGUAAUCCCCGAUGAAAAAGCUCUACAAGGAUAGAAAGCUAUCCCAACAAGCGAUUGGACGUUAAAAUUGUAUGUUUACAUAUCAAUAGAUGAGCAGUUUUGAUCGCAUUAUUAGAAUAACAUUCAUUGGCAGAUGAGGAAGUGCAACAGAAAUGAGUAAGGAAAGCUAGUAAUGCUAACUUAAUUCGUCGUACUGAUAACACACACAUUGAGCACACGAUUUUGCACAACACUGAAUGAUAGAAAGAACGUUUGACGCACGAGAAUAUGGGAAUAGUUGAAUUGGUGCUUAGAAACCACUUGUCGAGGGAUGAAUCAUCCAACAGUGUGGCAUGAUGAAACGAUAGAAGAGCGAAACCACCACUGGCGAUGAGUUUGUCCACGGUCCGUUGGCUGCCCGCUAACUCGUACUAGUAAUUGUAUUUCGACUGGCAAAACAGCACCAAUGGAUGCAUGGCUAUAAUAGCGGCUAGCAUGUGUAGCAUGUGUGUUGUGGGACCCUUCCAUUAACUCAUACCGUUCCGAAGCUACAGAGCGUGUACAUUGUAGCGCCCACGAGUGGCAACGAAUUCACGAUAAGAAUACUUCCUCCCGGUACCGGUGGCCGGGGGUGGUUGUGUGGCAAAUGAAAGAGACACACAGAGAGUAGCGAUUUGGUAGGUUUGGUUUUUUCCCUCCGAAGUGUGUUUAUCGAGUGUCAUGGUUAGUUACAUUUGUCACUUCACUUUGAACGGUUCGAAGGCUGUCGUGUCUAUCCCGGAUUAGAAGCUCGUGAGCUUGCAGUGCAGAUUAUUUGGUAGAGAGUAUAUAUGGAGUAUAAUAACAAAAAUGAGGGCUCACCGUACCCACCGGCUGCCCCCGGCUAUGGCCAGCCGCCACAGAUGUACGCACCAAAUCAACCGUACGGCGGUGGCGGUUACCAACCCGUCAUGGUGCAGCCAGGAAUGCCAGGCCAUCCACCGCCGGUGAUGGGUCAACCGGUACCAGGUGGCUGGAUGCCUAUUCCUCAAGGGAUACCGAACUGUCCGCCCGGCUUGGAAUACCUUACUGCCAUUGAUCAGCUGCUGGUGCACCAGAAGGUGGAGCUGCUGGAAGCGUUCACCGGCUUCGAGACGGCCAACAAGUACACGGUGAAGAACACGCUCGGCCAGAAGGUGUACUGGGCGAUGGAGGAUACCGGCUGCUGCAACCGGAUGUGCUGCGGGGCGGCCCGCGCCUUCGACAUGAAGAUACUGGACACGUACCAGAACGAGGUGCUGCACUUUAACCGGCCGCUGCGCUGCAGCUCCUGCUGGUUCCCAUGCUGCCUGCAGACGAUGGAGGUGACCGCCCCGCCCGGCAACGUGAUCGGGUACGUCGAGCAGGACUGGUCGAUCCUGACGCCCCAGUUCAGCAUCAAGAAUCAGAACGGCGAGACGGUGCUAAAGAUAUCGGGCCCAUUCUGCACGUUCAGCAUCUGCGGUGACGUUGAGUUUGAGGUUCUGUCGACCAAUGGAACGCAGGUGGGCAAGAUUAGCAAGCAGUGGUCCGGACUGGGCCGUGAAAUGUUUACCGAUGCGGAUCAUUUCGGCAUUAACUUCCCGAUGGAUCUGGACGUUAGGGUGAAGGCUACCCUGCUGGGGGCAUUGUUCUUGAUUGACUACAUGUUCUUUGAAAAAUCUGGAAACAAAGAGCAGGACCGACCCGGAAUGUUCUAAACACAUUCCAUUUCAGACGGUUCGGUUGCUCCACUCUACUUUCAAAACGCCACCAGCAGUUGUUACUGUAAUUUAAUAAGCUCGUUCCCUUCAUUUUGCAAUUAUUUUUUGCAUUUUUGUUGUUGUUUGUUUGGAAGAUCAUCCUUUCAUCAAUUCCCAAAGUAUUUCAUCCGUCGUUACCGUAAUUGUGCACCAAAAAGAAAAACAAGCAUGAAUUCGUACCCUAGACCGUCCUGAUUAGUGUAUCUGUGGCACAAAAUUCAAUCGUACAAGGAGGAAAUCUAAUGCACAAAACAAAACCCCCCUUGUCAUCAAACUGCUGCUUCACCAAAGGGAGAGGUAGGAAUUAGUUUUUAACAAUCCAGUGGGUAGUACAGUACAGUGAAUAAACGAAUAGUGCUACCUUUUUAGUUUGCUAUUUAGAUGAGAUAGGGAACCGGGGUUUCGAUGUUUAAAAGAAACGUAUUUAGACGAUGCGGCAAUGCAUUUCGUUUCUGAGCAGGCAGUAGAAACAGGAGAACAACGUUUGUACAUCGGUAGUAGUGUACAGUGGUAACAACACACACCACUAAUUUGAAUCGAAAAGUGCAUUUGCUUCUUAACACUUGAAAUGUAUAAAAAAAUUAUAUUUUGUGAAACUAUAUACACUAGUAAGAACUUAAGCGUGUGAGUACACAUCGAACGAAAGCAUCAAAUAACAUCUCUAUACAAAAUGGCUGCCUCAUACAUUUUUUGUUACUAGUUUACUCUACCUAUAAUAUACACAAAAAGAUAUAUACUUACGGUUAAGGUUUGCCACAUAAUAGUAAUAAUCGUAAGACGGUUUCACUCUAGGACCUCCUUUAAACAUCUUUCUAAUGUACUAAACGCUUCGAACCAAUGGCAAUGUAGCUCGCUCUGAAUAUUACAGUAAACAUGAACUUCCUUCUAAAUGCACAGUCUUAACUCGCUGGUUGAACUUCGAUAGACUGCAAACUAUUGAAUAUGUGCUUUUUAGUUGGCACGUUUUUCCUUACGAAAAAGUACCGGAUUUUUUUCUUAAAAAGACAUGAGAGUUGGAUUUUCCCAUACUAAAAAGCAUGAUUUGUAGUGAAACCAUUCGCGGACGAUCAACUAAAAAAAGCAUGCCAACUAAAAAACAUUUAGCCAUCUUGAACUCUGACUGUGUAUCCCAAAUUGAUUGGUUCCAAACCCAGCAGAAGAGUCUACAAGCUUUACUAAUUGUGCCGUACAGAGGGAGUUAUCGGAUGAGUAGGAAUUGGGAAUUCCUCAAGGGGAGCUACAAUCCUAAUAUGCGAGAGAAAGUGAUAAACUGCGAGAGCAGCUGAUCGAAAGGUGUACACAAUUCACGCCACCCAUGUACCGAAAUGCUGUGUCUGUAUGAAUGUUAUAUGUUAAGUGAUGAAAUACAAAGAACGUGUUUUUCUUACGACCGAAA